AUGACUAAUGAUCAACUAAUUGCUGAGUUAAAAGCCAAGCAAAAAUCCGGUAAGAUAAAACCUUCCCAAAUAAAAAAGAGUCAAUUUAGAAACAUGACCAAAGAAAAAUCAUUAGAGCAAAUUCAGGCUGAACUUAAUUCUUUAAAAGAAAAGUUAAAAGGUCAAGACCCUAGUUUAUUAAUCAAAGCCCGUCAAGAACUAAUCACUAUUACUAAGCAAUUACAAGAAUUAUUCCCUAGCGAACAAUUACCAGUUUCUCAAUUACUGACUAAGUUAAUUGCUGAAAAAAAUGCCCUCGAAAUGGCUUUGUUUGAAAAAAGACUAGACAGUUUAAAAGAGUUUUCUCACUAUCAAGAGCGAUUAAAAGAUUUAGAAAAUAGUGAACUGGUAGAAAUAACCCAAUUAAAAAAAGAAAAUCAACAAUUGUUAGAGAAGUUAAGUAAAGCCCGAGCUAUUUUAAGAAAAGACAAUUUUAAAGAUGAUAACCCUUUUUGGGAAGAAAACACGCUUACCAAGGCUCUGAUUUUACUGGCUAUUUUUGGUAUCGGAGCUUUACAAGAGAGUUUAACUAAUUAUGUGAAAGCUCCCUUAGAAAAUAAAGCCAAUGAUUUACAACAACAAUUAGAAAGCAAAUUUAAGGAGUUUAAAGAACACAAUAAGGCUUUUCAAACCACCGAGUGGAUUGAUAUCGGACUAAAACCGGAAGAUAGUGCUUUUGCUAAAUGGUUAGAACGAGAAGGCUAUACCGCUUUAGCGGUUCUUAAUGAAGAAGAUGCUAAUAGUUUAAGAGCCGAAUACCAAGUCAGUCUUAAUAAUCCCCAACCCGCCCCAAUUAACCCCAUCAUCAACAAUUGA